AUGAUUUAAGAAGAAGAGCUUGAAAAUGAGUUUACUUUACUUGAUUUGGACGACUUAGAGGAGACUGACUUUGACAAAUUCGCAUCUAAAGAUUCAAAAGUGGAAAAUCAUUUCAUGGAUCUGUAAUUUAGAAAUUAUGAUAUUACAUAAAAUAAAUAAACUUAACAAUGGCAUAUCACGAUCACUUUAGAAUAGUAAUCUAUAGAAUUCCUGUAUUAGGUUUUCAAAUAAAUUUAUAGCAUUUUGCGUAUAGAUUGUAAAUCUUAUAUUGCGAAAUCUGAUGGCUAACUCAUUCAGGUGUACGAGAAAUAUAUCCAAAGAUUAUUGACAAGAUAUUUUUGCAGAAUUAAUCAUUCUUUGCGAUUUGGCUGUUUUUGUUUUGAGAAUGAAACAGGGUAGAUCUUUUUGAAACUCAAUUCAAUAGUGAUUUAGGAGCAUUGGGUAGAUUUACUGUGCUCAGAUGAGUCAAAUAAAUCGUUGUCAAACUUAUUAAGUGUUCUGGAGUCUACAUCACAUUCUGCAAUAGGAUACCAUAUUUAUAGAUUAAUGCAUUAGAUCAACAAAUUAUCUAAGAAAGUUUUUCCAUUUUUAGAAUAAAAAUUAAGAGAUCAAUAUCGUAAAGUCCAUCCUUCAUUUGAUAUUUAUUUGUAGAAAAUUAAUGUAAUUAUUGAAGAUAAAUGCACAAGAGACAUGAGCGAAGAGGAGUUUCAAUAGUUUGAAUAACAUUUCAGGUAUCCAAAAUAGCUUAAUACUCAAUAUAAGAUACUGAACAAGAUUGAGUUCUCAAAAUUUGAGUAGGUAGAAAAAUGUGAGAUAAUAUCAGAUGGAGAGCUUUCAAUUAUUUAGAAGGGUAAAUUGGCUUUUUCGUUGGUGUAGAAGCAAAGUCAAAGACAUCCUGAGGGUACAGAGAACGUCAUGAGCAAGGAAACCUAAGUAUAGGUCAGAUAAAAAAACAGUAUGAAUAAUCAAGAUCAAAAUACUUUUUAGACAUAUAUAAAGAAGACAGUAGUGAUCAAGAGAAAUAAGAAAUAAAAAAGUUAAGAUUAGGCUCCUGGAAGAACUUAGGAGCAGCCUAAUCAAAUUGCAUAUGAAAAAAAAAUAAUAGAAGUUCUGUCAUAGGAAUUGUUUGAUUAGAACAAGAAGCUAAUUCACAAUGGAUAUUGUCCAUUCAUUUCUUAAUAUUAUAUGACUGAUUAAGGAAAUGUGUUUUAAGAGGAUUUGUUUAUGGAUUUUUAUUAGCAUUUUGCAUUGAACAAUUUUAGGGAGAAGUUCUAAGCUACGUAGAGCUUGAACACUCGGUUAUAUGUGCUAUUUUAGAUUGCGCAUGCUUUAAGGUAUCUGUUUUAAUAUGGAGUGAUUCACUAAAAUCUUACACCUUAAAAUGUAUUGAUAACUAAAAAUUACAAUGUAAAAUUGAAGGGCUUUGGAAGAUCCAUUUACAAGCAGGGCGAUUAAGUGAUAUUGUAUUCUGAUGAAAGAGGUACUCUUCCAUUUGCAUCACCUGAGUCUCUUAGUGCAGAACGUAAAAAUAGUAUUGGCCAUAAAUCAGACAUUUUCUCAUUUGGCAUGUUGAUGUAUGAGUUCUUGUUUGAAAAAUACCCGAUUGAUUUCAAAUAAAGCGACCUGUCUGGAUUAAAAGAUCGAUAUUUUAACAAAUCUUAUGAGAUAAGAUCUAAUGUUGAUCUUAUAAAAUCAUAGGGACCAAAGCAUUUAAUGAAAUACCUCCGCAAUCUUGCUGUGAAAUGCCUUCAUCCUGAUCCCAAUCAAAGACCCAAAAUAGAGUGGAUAAUCAUUUGCAUAAGAGAAGGGUUGAAUUAUCUAGAGAAGAUGUAUUGA